AUGACCACCGGAACCGUUGUAGUAUUGGGGGAUAUCGGCAGAAGUCCGAGAAUGCAAUAUCACUGCAUGUCUCUUGCCUCGGAGGGAGUCGAUGUAAAUAUUGUUGCAUAUGACGGGAAGAAAUGCUGCGAGGAAGUCGAGUCCAAUAAGAAGAUCACAAAAUACCUCAUUGACAGUAAUCUGUUUAGCAAAUUGCCGCGCAGCUUAUUUCUUCUGUACGCCCCCUUCAAAGUUCUCUUUCAAAUUUUCCAACUCUUCUAUCUCCUUCUCUUCAAAACACCGAAACCCGAUUUUUACUUAGUUCAGAAUCCACCUAGCAUCCCCACAUUGUUUGUUGUCUGGCUGGUCGCUCGGUUGCAGAAAGCCAAGUUUUUCAUUGACUGGCACAACUUUGGGUAUUUUUUAUUUGUUACGAUUGUAAACCAAGCUACACGAUUCUUCAUUUCUAAGUGGAUCGAGCACUUCUUCGGGCAGCGCAGCGACGGCAAUCUCUGCGUCACCCGCGCAAUGAAAAACUGGCUUCGAUCGGAGUGGAACAUCGAAGCUUCCGUUCUCUACGACCGAGCCCCCACCUUCUUCCAUCCCACUUCGCUUGCCGAUCGCCACGCGCUCUUCCAGCGCAUCCUCCCUCAACUCGGCUUUCCCUGCACAGCUCAGCAAACCCUCUUCACGGAGAUGGACAAAAACGGCGAAGUCUGUCUUCGCGCCAAUCGUCCCGCGCUGCUGGUGAGUUCGACAAGCUGGACGGAAGAUGAGGACUUCCACAUCUUGCUGAACGCGCUGCAGACGCUGGACCAGACUUACGAGGUGACGGAGGGCUUGAAGGUGGUGUGCGUGAUCACCGGCACGGGGCCUUUGAAGGAGUAUUACGAGCAGCUCGUGGAGGAGAUGAAGCUGCAGCACGUUUGGAUUAAAACGAUAUGGCUGGAAUACUCGGACUAUCCGUUGCUGCUGGGCGCGGCCGAUCUCGGUGUGUGUCUGCACACGUCGAGCAGCGGGUUGGAUCUCCCGAUGAAAGUGGUGGACAUGUUUGGCUGCGGAUUGCCGGUCUGCGCAGCAGGGUUCAACUGCAUUGCGGAGCUUGUGGUGGAUGAGCAGAAUGGACUGGUGUUCGAAUCGGAAAUGCAGCUGGAAGAAAAGCUGCAGGCGCUGCUGAAGGACUUUCCUCGGAACCAAGAGCGAUUGACGGAGCUGCGGCGAGGCGUCGAGGAAUCGCAGAGCGUUUGCUGGGAGGAGAACUGGAAGAAGUGUGCGAAGCCCGUGAUUUUGUGUUGCCUUGUUUGUUGUGAACAAACAGAGAAGGGUACAGUACGUGGACUACGGCCAAAACAAGCUAAUCUGGAUCUUCCGGCUGCGUCUGCUUGGCUACAAGUUCCGCGUGCUGUAUCACUCGUUCGCUGUCCAUGUCCCUCAUCCGAGUUCUUCCUACGAUGGCUAUCUGCACUCGAUGCGGAACAAAGGGAAGCUCACGGAGAUGGAUUUGCACAUGAAGAAAUUCAUCGAGGAGUUGCGACAGAGAGGCAUUGCGCUGCGCGACAUGCUUCCCUUGUGUCCGGGAACAGAACAGUCUUUGUUGUGGAGUUUAAUCGAAUCGGAAUAGCUGUAUCAUAG